CUCAACAUGUGACACAAGGAAGCAGAGACAGCACCUUUGUAGGACGUUUAAAUACAACGCUGCAUUAAACCAAAGUGUAGCGAACUCUCUCUGAAAACAUAUCAUAUGUAUUCAACCUGCUCUGUCUGACAGUAUGCCGGGAUAUUACAUACUAACGGUGGCGUGAGCAAAGAUCAAUGAAAAGGAAAUACCGUCAACAGUUCUCUGUUUGUCAGGGCAACAUGUUUGCAUCGCUCCUGAUUCCUACUUUAACGCUACUGUUUCCAGUUGGACUGUCCUCGCUACCUCUCGUUAUCAAUACGUGGCCAUUCAAGAAUGCGACGGCUGCAGCAUGGAGUACCCUGCAGUCUGGUGGCUCAGUGUUGGAUGCAGUGGAGAAGGGCUGUGCCCGCUGCGAGAUGGAACAGUGUCAUGGCAGCGUGGGCUAUGGUGGGAGCCCAGAUGAGUCCGGAGAGACCACGCUGGAUGCCAUGAUCAUGAACGGGGAUACAAUGGAGGUGGGUGCAGUUGCAGACCUGAGAAGAAUCAAGAACGCCAUUGGAGUAGCGAGAGCUGUGAUGGAGCACACGGACCACACGCUGCUGGUGGGAGAGUCAGCGUCUGUGUUUGCUGAAAACAUGGGCUUCAUCGCAGAAGACCUGACUACCAACAAAUCUGUGAAUAUUUUCUCCCAGUGGCUGAAGGGCAACUGCCAACCUAAUUAUCGAAAGAAUGUGUUUCCAGAUCCCUCCGAGUCCUGUGGACCCUACAAGCAAAGGGCGACAGUGAGACAGAACAAGAGGCCACAGCAUGCCAAUACGCGCUCCCAUGACACCAUAGGGAUGGUGGCUCUUGAUCGAAAUGGUCACAUGGCUGCUGGUACAUCGACCAACGGUCUCACUCACAAAGUUCCAGGUCGCGUCGGGGACUCUCCUAUCGUUGGAGCCGGGGCCUACGCAGAUAGCUCAGCUGGAGGUGCUGCUGCUACCGGAGAUGGAGACCUCAUGAUGCGCUUUCUGCCAAGUUACUUGGCCGUGGAGCUGAUGAGGGCCGGGGCAGAUCCCUCGGCAGCCUGCAAGACGGCAAUUUCCAGAAUCAAGAGGCAUUACUCAGACUUCUUUGGAGCCAUCAUCUGUGCUAACACAACAGGUCAUUAUGGUGCCGCCUGUAACAAAGUCCCGGGCUUGUCCCAGUUUCACUACAUGGUGUCAAACUCAGAGUCCAGCUCACCAAUCCUGAAAUCUGUGGACUGCUUUUAAAUGUUGUUCGACCGUGUGCAUCUCUUCUAUGUACUUGCAUGAAUUAACACUCUCCAUACAAAAAAAAAAUAAAAGUAAUUGUUUCUGCUUUUA